AUGCAUAGAAAGUCCUCUGCAGGUAAUCUCGUUCCAAUAGACUUGGAAAUCGAAGCAACUUGUAGAAGGAUCAUAGCAGAAAGGCGUAGAAAUUUUUUGCAGGAUAUAGAAGCAACAACAAUUCUUAAAGAACCACAGUCUUCAGAGUCAUCUUCUAGUUUUCCAGAGACAAGGGAAUCAGAUACAACAUUGCUUGAAGCCAACACAAAGGCUAAUGAGCAACCUAGACGAGUAACCCUUGAAGACUACUCAAUCAGAAUUGUUGGAGUGCCCGAAGAUGUUGUUAGGCUCAACUUAUUUUCAUUCUCACUAUCUGGAGAAGCCAAGAGGUGGCUGCAUUCAUUCAAAUGUAAUAGCUUGAGGACUUGGGAUGAAUUUGUGGAAAGGUUUUUGAAGAAAUAUUUCCUAGAGUCCAAGACUGCAAAUGGAAAGGCUGUCAUCUCUUCCUUUCACCAGUUCCCAGAUGAAUCUUUGAGUGAAACACUAGAAAGAUUUCGUAGCUUGCUGCGGAAAACUCCUACUCAUGGAUUCUCUAAGCCCAUACAACUAAAUAUUUUCAUUGAUGGGUUAAGGCCACCAUCUAAACAGCUCUUAGAUGCUUCUGUAGGGGGUAAGAUAAAGCUUAAGACUCUUGAAGAAGCCAUGGAACUAAUUGAGAAUAUGGCUGCUAGUGAUCAUGCUAUCUUGCGUGAUAGAACACACUAUCCCACCAAGAAGAGUUUAUUAGAGAUGUCAUCACAAGAUGCUCUGUUGCUGGUUGCACACUUUGUGGUGGAGCUCAUGAAUCAGGCUAUUGUAUGCCCAUUGAAGAAUCAACACAUGAAGUUAAUUAUAUGGGGAAACAACCAAGGUAGAAUUUUAAUGCAAGUGGAUUUUCUGGAUUCCAAUAGGGCUAGCAUUACAACCAGUAGCAAAAUCAGUGGAGAAUUCACCCUGGUAAUCAAUUCCAACAAAUACCAGGGUGGACCAUCAAAUAGGCCGCCACAACAAGGGCCUAACCUCUAUGAGAGGACAACAAAGCUAGAGGAGACUUUUGCUCAAUUCAUACAGGUUUCAAUGUCAAAUCACAAGAGUACUGAGUCGGCCAUUAAAAAAUUGGAGAUCCAGGUGGGACAGUUAGCUAACCAAAUAGCUGACAAGUCUUCCGCAAAAUUUGGAGCCAACACAAAAAAUAAUCCAAAGGAAGAGUGCAAAGCUGUGAUGACCUGUGGAAAAAUGGCAACCAUGGCUAAAGAAGAGAAGGACGAGAAGAUAGUGGAUGGAGAUAAACAACAACUAAAGCUAGAGAUCACCAUGCCCUUCGAAGAGGCCUUACAGCAGAUGCCACUUUGCUCUAAAUUUCAGAAGGAUAUGCUAACCCAAAAUAGCAAGUAUAUCCAUAGUGACACAAUAGUAGUGGAAGGAAACUAUAGUGUUGUGAUACAACGCAUCCUUCCACCCAAGCACAACAAUCCAGGCAGUGUCAAUAUACCUUGUUCGAUCGGUGCAGUCUCAGUUGGUAAGGCUCUUAUUGAUUUAGGAACCAGCAAAAAUUUGAUGCUGCUCUCUAUGUGUCGGAGGAUGGGAGAGCUGGAGAUAAUGCCAACCAGAAUGACUCUGCAGUUAGUUGAUCGCUCCAUCACCAAACCGUAUGGAGUGAUAGAAGACGUUUUGGUUCGAGUAAAGCACUUCACUUUCCCUGCCGACUUUGUGGUCAUGGACAUCGAGGAAGAUGCUAAUAUCCCAUUGAUCUUGGGACGUUCGUUCAUGCUAACCGCAAGCUGUGUGGUGGAUAUAGGAAGAAUAAAGUUGGAAAUGGGAAUUGAAGAUCAAAAGAUCAGUUUCGAUCUAUUUGAUGAAGAAAAACAACUUUUGGACCAAAAUAUCUGCUUGCAGGUGAAGGAGUUUGAGGAAAAGAUUCUGAAGAUGGCUUCUAGGAAAAGGAAAGCCGCAGCUUCCAGGCCCCAGCCUUACUACGAUACUCACAGAUUCACUUCUGAGGAUGCCUGGAACCGCUACGCUGACAACAUUCUUGGCUAG